GCGCUUGAUUCACAGCGCUCUGGAUUACAUAAUUCACUAGCAGGAGCAAAGACUUUCAUGUAUAUUUCAGAGAGCAUCUAUAAUUUACUCAGCAGACUUACUUGUUCUUCUAUUCUUCGACCAAGCUCCUAUUUGAGAGUUAAUGAGAUGAGAAAGAGUAGAAUUCCCCCCUAACCCUCACUGGGACCACCACUCUGCCAACACCAUUUCUCUUCCUUGAGAAAAGACAAACAGAAGAUGUCAACCGGGCGAUGUUAUCAGCAGUGUGCACACAGCAGUCUGAUGGAAAAUCACCAAUACUGAGGUCCCAGGUAUAAAGCAGCAGCAUCCGCAUACAAGAAAAAGACCCUUUUUUUUUUCCUUUUCGUCCUUUCACGCUUGACUUCAAACACACUGAGGGAGCGGCUGAGAUCCCGCGGCGCCAACAGCGCUGAAUUAAAUUCAGAGGCAUGAAAGAAUAUCAGAGACACAAGAGGAAGUUGCCCACAUUUACACGGCUGGGAAGCAAGCGAGGAAAAGCAUCUGUGAACUGGAACUAAAAGUGCCACUUCAGAGGGAGAAUGUUAAAAUGAUAAUCAGGAGAUCUAAGAAUGGAGAGGCUCCAUCUGUGUUUUGUUGACAAUGUUCUGUUUUUUUUAUGCUGCAUCAAGUUUGUGCGUCAGUGUGAGUCAGUAUUUGAUGACACUUUCAAAGAAGUGUGUGACUGUGAAAGUACACCGCAGAAGUGCAGGUCAUUUCUGUGGAAUGGAUGCGUUGCUGUAGUCUGUUGUUGUAGACCGUUGCAGCCCAAUACCACACACUGAUGAUGGACUAUGGAGGAGUAGAGCUGUGCCAUCGUCAGCUGAGGGAGUUGAAAGAAGAUCCGUUCGGAAUGAUGGGGGCUGGACUUGCUAAUGCUCUCCAACAUUCAACACUGCGUCAGUUCACCAGACUCAAGCAACUGCUCAGGAUUGUCUAUUCCAUCUUAAGAGGGGACAGAGCUGUGGAAAACAAGGCCAUGUCGCCCUCAGCAACAAUAAUACACUGGACCUCGGCCAGUUCUGGACACAGGCUUCUGCUUUGUCCAGCGACCAGAUGUGAAGGCAACAUUAGUGUUAUGUUUGUGCCAGGAAGGAGUGUUGUGGCUGCUAGGGUUGCUGGAAGUACAACUCCGACCAUAACUUCUGUCGCUGUGUUGGUCAUCGUCCUUCUCACACGGAGGAACCGAAACCAAAAGAGAAAGUGGAUGAUAUAGACAGCAACCCAAUCUCCUGUGCCAGAGAAGAAACCAAAUGGGGAAUCUCUUAAAAGUGCUCACUUGCACUGAGCUUGAGCAGGGGCCAAACUUUUUCCUUGACUUUGAAAAUGCACAACCAACGGAAGGAGAGCGUGAGGUGUGGAACCAGGUGAACUCAGUCCUUCAGGACUCGGAGAACAUCCUCUCUGGUCUGCAGGCGUACAAAGGUGCCGGUCAGGAGAUAAGAGAUGCGAUUCAGAACCCCAGCGAUCUGCUGCUGCAGGAGCGAGCCUGGAACUCCGUCUGCCCGCUCGUCAUCAAGCUCAAGAAGUUCUACAGUUUCUCCCUCAGACUCGAGGAGGCUCUUCGGAGUCUGUUGGAAACCCUGACGUGUCCGCCGUAUGCGCCAACUCAGCACCUGGAGAAGGAGCAGGCUCUGGCCAAACAGUUUGCCGAAAUCCUCCAUUUCACGCUACGAUUCGAUGAGCUCAAGAUGAGAAUCCCUGCGAUCCAGAACGACUUCAGCUACUACAGAAGGACCAUCAGUCGAAACCGGAUAAACAACAUGAAUUUGGAUAUCGAAAACGAAGUCAACAACGAGAUGGCCAACAGGAUGUCUCUGUUCUACGCUGAGGCCACGCCCAUGCUGAAGACGCUCAGCACCGCCACCACCAACUUUGUGACAGAGAACAAAACCCUUCCACUGGAGAACACGACAGACUGUCUGAGCACCAUGGCGAGUGUCUGCAAAGUCAUGCUGGAGACACCGGAAUACUCAAGUCGCUUCAGCAGCGAGGACACACUCCUGUUCUGCAUGAGAGUGAUGGUUGGAGUCAUCAUUCUCUAUGACCACGUACACCCCAACGGUGCCUUCAACAAGUCCUCCAAGAUCGAUAUGAAAGGCUGCAUCAAAGUGCUGAAGGACCAGCCGGCUGAUAACGUCGAGGGACUGCUCAACGCUCUUAAGUUCACCACCAAGCAUCUGAACGACGAGUCCACUCCGAAAAACAUCAGGACGAUGCUCCAGUAACUCCCCUAAAUCUAAAAAUAUGAAGAGGAUCUAUGGUAUGACCUCAAAUAAGAUGUAUAUGUUUACAUUAUUUAAAAAAAAGAAGACUCCGUGUUCAUACUUGUGUGUAUUCGCAUAGUCAUUCCCUCCCAGUUUAGAAACAGGUUGUCUACUGUAACAGCACAAUCGGCCCAAAACCCAUCAGCCUUAUUUAAUAGAGCUUUUGUGCAAGCAGAUCUCGGGAAUCGACCCGAAAUGUCUUUAACCUUUUGUCUGUUUUUCUUUUUUUUUUUUUUACUUCCCGAUCUGCAACUUUUUACUGAACUCAAAAUUAGCUAUUUUGUAUAGUCGUCCUUUUACAACUUUCAACUCGAGUGAUGUCAACGUUUCAAGGGCUGAAUUUUUGGAUGAGGGAUGGAGGACGUCGUUCAUUUGUGUGUGGUUUUUAUCUGUCUGCUCCUGCCCUGUCUAAAGAAACCCACUGUGAACACAAAGCUACACCAGUCAAAAGCAACAUGAAGUGAAUUCAGCACUGACACCCAGUCACCAUCGCAGCCACUCCACAAAUGUUUUAUUUAAUAUGUGUGUGACAACAAUCUGAAUGAAAGUGUCAAGUCUGUGUGUGUUUUAAAUGACUUCUUUCUUAAUUUGUGUUUUUGUAAUAAACAUUUAU